GCUUCGGGUUACUGGAGAGUGGCUCGGUCAGCGCCAAGAACGAGGUCAACAUCAUGGCGAAGAACGUUGCAGACGUCAUCUUUGGCGGCAUCUCCUACUGGAUGUUGGGCUACGGCUUCAGUUUUGGCGAGGGCCCUUACACAAAUAGUUUCUGUGGAAUCGGCAAGUUCUUCAUUGAUCCAGAUGAUUCGGUCAUGGGCGAAGAGUUUUCCCGCUUCGUUUUCCAGAGCUCAUUCGCGACAACGGCGACCACCAUUGUCUCAGGAGCAGUAGCAGAAAGGAUGAAGUACCUCGCAUACAUCAUCUUUUCUUUCUUCAAUACGUUCGUUUUCUGCUUCCCCGCCCACUGGGUGUGGUCUAAACAUGGCUGGUUGAACAAGAUGGGCGUGGUCGAUGUAGCUGGUGAUGGGCCGGUACAUUUGGUAGGCGGAGCUACUGCAUUAAUUACUGCCCUCAUGAUCAAGCCAAGGGCCAAGAGGUUUACACCAGAAGACGACCAUCACAUGGGUUCACCCACAGGGGCCUUACUGGGACUGUUCAUCUUGUGGUGGGGAUGGCUGGCCUUCAACUGCGGCAGUACUUACGGGAUUUCUGGUGGCAAAUGGAAAAUCGCUUCCAGAGCAGCGGCGACAACUCUCAUGGCGUCUUCAGCUGGCGGAGUUGUGGGGUUUGCCUACAGUUACAUUGUCAACAAGAAAAGGUUCCACAUUCCACAGAUCAUCAAUGGAGUCCUUGCUGGACUUGUCUCUAUCACAGCGACCUGUGCUGUGACUGGCGUCAAAGAAUCCCUGGUCAUCGGGUUCGUAGGCGGAGUUCUGGUGAUGUUGUCGGAUAGCCUACUGGUCAAACUGCACAUCGAUGACCCGGUCAGUGCCGUGCCUGUCCAUGGAGUUGGUGGAGUCUGGGGUCUUCUGGCGGCCGGGCUCUUCACACACAAGGACACAAUCACACAGCACUUCGCCAGCCGCCACGGUCUUAUUAAGGGUGGAGACAUCUACCUGCUGGGGGUACAAGCUCUUGCUGUGGUUUCGAUCACCGCCUGGACGAUUGUCUCCUCUGGCAUCAUCCUCCAGAUCCUCGAUAUGACCAUGGGUUUACGUAUGACCGCCGAGGAAGAAGAGAUCGGAGCAGAUUUUGUGGAACACAACAUACAACAAUUUCUUACUGCAUUGCCUCAAAAGUGUGACCAUAUUCUGGUGACGUCACUCCACACCAGGUACAACUCAGACAUGAUGGCGGCAGCCAUAUCAAAGUAUAUAGGAGACAAUCCGGCAUUUAAUGACACAGACGAUCCAGUGACACAACAAACGUCCACAACCGCUGGAAGUAAUACUUUAUUUGAAAACAGCGCUAGCAAUGGCAGGCCAGUUCAGUCGGUCAGUGAUGGGCACCAAGUCAAGCACAGAAAUAAGUGGAAGAACAGGGUUCGAUUCUCCAGUAUACGAAUCCGAGCCAGCCAUCACUCAACUAAAGGACCUAUGCCAAACAUGUCUCUGGGCGGUUUGUCUAAGAAGGACUUUUUGCAGCGACGCUUCUCUGACAUCCUGAGUUACUCGAGCAGGGAUACCAUGGCUUCUACACACUCAGACUCGGGUUUCUAA